GUGUGUGCAUUAUUGUUGUUUCUCUUUGUUUCCGGUGUUCGUAGGAGAGUUGUGCACACUGGGCAGCAAUUGUACUGCACUCCGUCAUAAUGUAGGUCAACACACAACUUGUUGUAUUCAACUUGUUGUUCCAGCUUGUCAGUGUUUGGUGAUCGUAGCAAUUAAAUAUAAAAAAAACCUGUAUACGUUCCCUGUGACGUUUCGAUCGAACGCUGUACCAUAAAAAUAACAUUCCAUUGGCCCGUGGGAAUCACAUUCGAUCGAUCUUCGUACGCAAAUUAUUCGUGUGUUUUGGGACGAUUUGGUGACGAACCAGUGUUUCAAAACGAUGAUCAACGAUCCGGAAUAGGUUAAUUUCCACUUCCAGACGUGUGCACAGGUGUAUCGCUUUGGUGCCAGAGGUUCCGAAAAUCCAUAGCGAAGUGCUCCCAUAAUGGCAUUCCUCUGUCCCGUACGCAUUCGUCGUGGGAAAAAGAAGAAACCGAUCGGAAGUGAUAUCGAUAAGGAUCUAUCGAGCAGCUUAGGCCUGAAUCAUGGCAUGGGCCGGAUUACCGGAUCGGCCAGCAUCGAAACGCUCGUACGGGUGGGAAUCGAGAAGGAGCACGGUCUCAGCCCGGACAGCAAAAUGGUUGUGCUGCACGACUUCACUCCCUGCGUAGACGACGAGUUGGAAGUGAAACGGGGCCAAAUAGUGAACAUACUGUACCGUGAAAAUGACUGGGUGUACGUGAUCGGACAGGACACAAGGCAGGAAGGCUUUAUACCCCACUCGUACUGUGCACCGUUCAACACACAGCUGGCUGAUCUCGCGAUCAAGAAAAAGCUACCGCGCGAUAUCGCCACAAUGGGAGCACCGGGUAGCGGUGGUGGAGGACCAGGAGCAACCGGAGUUGGUCUGGUGGGUGGUGGUGGUAUAGGGAACGGCGUCGGUUUAACGGCUGCCGAUCUAACCGAUGGAAUACCGGACAUUAACAUGGACGUGCUGGACGACAGCACUGUACCGGGUUUGCUUACGAACGCGCUGAAGCACUCGCAGGCGAGUCUCAGCUCCGAGCCCGACUUCUUGCCAUUUGCCAAGGAUCCGAGCGGUCGUUACAUUGUGCUGUACACGUUUAUUGCCCGCGACGAGAACGAUGUGUCGGUCGAACGAGGAGAAUUUGUAACGGUGCUGAACCGCGAGGAUCCCGAAUGGUUCUGGAUCGUGCGAAGCGACGGUCAGGAGGGUUUCAUCCCGUCCGGGUUCGUCUAUCCGGCGGAGAAUAUACUGCAGGGUCAUGCCGGCAAACAGCAGCAGCAGCAACAACAGGGAGGCGGUGGUGUAAAUAGUAUGGGAUCUAUCGGAAACGAUAUGAAUAAUCUGCAGACGAUGAAUGGGGGAAAUAUGUCCGUGGGUGGUCAACAUCAACAGCAGCAGGCCCAGCAUCAACAGCAGACACAGCAACAGCAACACCAGCAACAACCCGGCAUUGGAUCGGACGAUUUACGGUACCACGGCACAGAAUUAGUAAUGCUCUACGAUUAUAAGGCACAAGCACCAGAUGAUUUAAGUGUACGAAGAGGUGAUUGGAUCUAUGCGGACCUCAACAACCAAACCGUCGACGGAUGGUUAUGGGCUUACGCACCGAAAACCCGCAAAUACGGUUUCAUUCCCAAAGCAUACGCCCGUCCGCCUGCCAUGACGAGUCUGUAGAAGAGUAGAUCGUCACGUUUCACCCCCCAACAAUAAUGGUUAGUUUUUAAAUUAUUUACUUAAACCACAAGCAGUAGGAGCAGUAAUUAACGUAAGUGUAAGUUAACCUUCGUACGAAGCGCCGAACCCUUUCUUCUUCCAUGUGGAUAUCGAUAGCAGAGAAUAGUGCAAGAGAUGUCCACCAGUAGAUAAGAUUUUUUCUAGUUUUACUUCCUCUCGUCAAAACGCAUCGUUUCGAUGUGUAGCAACAAUGCAUUCCCUUAUAGCGAUGGGUCCAUAUUGUAAUGCCCUUUUAAUGUGAACGUUUGUUUUUUGUGUUUUUUUAUACAUGCGCUCUAGCUCAAGUCUAAUAACUUUAUUCGUAUUAAUGUAUUUUUUAUACAAUAAAAUGAACAGAAACGAAAUGGGAACACUAUUCCCACUCUUCAUUCAA